AAUUGGGGAUUUCUGGUCAACUUAUAUUAUUUCUCUACCCUCACGUUCUCGAUAACCCUUUCUUCUUUCUUAUCUUCACUGCGCCAGACGGAAUCUCCUUAUUUACCGACAACACUCACGCACUCAAAUACCCCAAUUCUCACCCGUUUAUCUGUUGGCCAGUCCGUUCACGAAGAUCCUACAUUUUCUAAAUACAUUUUUCUGUGAUACACUCUCUCAUAAACAACCACAUAAUGCUUGCUUCCACUCAAAUCUCCCCCUUCCCUAGUAGGACUUACAAUCCCAGCCUGUCUCCUUCGUCCGGGAACCAGCCAGAUGCCACGCGGCGCGCCUCGUUGUUCGACACAGCUUCAGCGAAAUCUCCUCUGAGACAACGCCCUCUCUUCCCCCCGGUAGCUGUCGAAGGACGAUCUCAUAGCGAUUUUGCUCUCAAAUCACCUUACAAAACACCCGUCGUACCAGCGUGGUCACCAUUUGCCUCCAACUCCCACCUUGGAGUCGAUGAUGAUGAGGCCAGUGUUUUGUUGGGAUCACCGUCCGCCACAACGUCACCCCUUUUCGCUGCUUCGAUGGCACGCUCCCUGUUCACACCGGUUAAACAAGCUCCUCGGGUUGUGGAUGGAUUGUCUCCCACGCCCACAGUGGGGAGUCCUUCUGCGCUUAGGCCUCAACCAAGUACGGGUACAAGUUUGAAACGGAAGUCAGUUUCUACCCGUCAAUCUACGCCUCUUCGGCAACAUUCUCUAACGCCUCUGGACAUUGCAUCUACUGGCCUCAAAGGUUCUACGGAUGGACGUAGAUUCGAUCGGCUAGCUCCUCUGCCAGCUCCAAAGUUUCCUAUUCGCACACCCCAAACGAAGAAAGAGACAGAUCCACAGUUGCGCCAGGAAACUGCCACAAUGACUCGUUUGCGAAUAUCGGACUUGAACGAGUUUCAGGAUGAAUUUGAGGGUGGCAACGAUUCUGGAUGUGAUCUGGGGUGCGAUUUAAAUCUAGAGGACGAUAAGGCUCGAGGAGAUGAACUGUUUCUUGGUGGCGAAGUCAUGCCUAUGAGGGGACGUGGAAAAGUGGAGGCUGCGCUGCGUUUAGCUGGUAAAGGCAAAUUCAAUGAAGAGGUUGCGGAGGCUGUCUCUCCGGGUGGUCAUAUCAUCAAAAGGCGUGCUCGUGCUAGGCCUCUGUCAGAUGAGCUUCUAAGUAGCACUGUUUCCCAAGCUUCGGCAACGAGGUCCUCGGCUUACACUGGUCUCAACGCUGUGACGUUUCCUACUGGUGCCUCCCAAUUUCGUGACCACGCAUCUCCGUCUUCCUCUUCAUCUGAGAGCGGUUCUCCAAUGCCUCGACGUCGCGCCUCUGGUCUGCACCCGUCCAAGCCCCCAGUAUAUCGACGGGCUCAGCUCAACAGAGUGGAUUCAGCCACGUUGUUCUUUGGUGGCCCUGCUGUUACCGCUGCCCCAUCAUUAGCUUCUCCAUCCACCUCCUCUCGCAGAGUUACUACGUCGAUCUCAUCGGAUGCAGCAGACUCACCGUUUACCACUGCCACUCGGCCCAAAAUAUUGAAUCGACAUAGUUAUUCCGGCUCAGGACCUGUUACGCCUUCAUGGAGACAGAUGCAUCCCCGUUCUAACGACGUGUCACCUACAACGUCUCCGCCUCUUUCUUACACAGCAGGAGAGACUGAAAGUUAUGACACCGACGAUGACGACUCCAUGAUGGUCGAUCUCCCUGCUAAUUCCUCGUUUGUUCUCAAUAUUACUGAAGACACACCAUCUCCCAAGCGAAUAGGCCGUACAAGUGAACAGAUCUCUAAAAAGUAUACUCGAGACUCUGGUAUCGCACUGAGCGACGACGAUGAAGAUAUGGAAUUUGUAGAGUCGUCAACCAGUUCUGAACGACUCAGUACGAUGCCUCGGGCCUCUACUAGUGUCAGUUCUCUAUAUUCUGAUAUCGAAGAUGGUCUCGUCACUCCUGGAGUAGGCCCACGAUCUAGUUCCGCCUGGCCAGAUUUUGUCAUCGUCAAUGGUCCAGACGACGGUGGUUGUGACGCGUCUGAACAGGACGUUGACGCUUUCAUAUUACGCACCCUAGCCGCUGCUGCCAAGAGCACUUACGAAGCCAAGAAAGCUCCAGGAACACCUGUGAAGAAAAGCAAAGUCAGCUAUCUGGCUCGUCAGCGGCCAUGGCAGAGUGCAAUGACACACAAAGUUGGAUUCGGAGCUCAUGCAGAAGAAAAGAUGAAGAAGGUCCCUCGCAAGAGCAUGCCUGCCUCUUUUCCGUUAGUAGGAAGGAAACAUAACAGAUCCGUAGACCCCGACACAGACUCGGAGUCUGAUUGCGAUGACUCCCCCAGUAAUCGCAAAGAGAAAUAUAUUGGCUUGGGCAUUGGUAUUCCCUCCUUGUCUAAGAAUGGUGUUUCGAGAAAUCGAUGGCUUAUGCGUCGGAGUAGCAGCGGCGCUUUUUCAAGCAGCAGCGAAUCCGCUGGUACUCCCACCAGGAAUCGACCUUUAGGAGAUUGUCUUCGACCCUCCGGCUCACCUCAUCUGUCAAAACAGACAUCGCCGACACACAGAUCAAAGCUUUCCCCGGCGCGAUCUGCUUCUAGCUCGUCCAACGGAUCCGUAACGUCUCCAUCUAUUUUACGGCAACUGCCUAUCGCAGGGGAUCAGAAAUAUCGUGCUCCACGGUUUAGUACGCGAACGCGCCGUUUGUCUCAACCUUCUCAUCAACAGCGGCCCGGUCGUUUCGAACAGCAAUUCGUUGAAAUUGCUGAGGUAGGGAGUGGAGAAUUUGGCAAGGUUCUGAAAGUACGAACCAAGGAUGGAAACUCUGAUGCCUGCUUCGCUGUCAAAAAGUCGAAACGGUUUGAAGGGGUCAAACAUCGGUUGCGACUCCGGGAAGAGGUCGAUACUCUUCAACACCUAUCCCAUGUAACCGGUGGCUGUGGGCAUCCCAAUAUUCUCGCGUUCAUAGAUGCCUGGGAGGAAGAUGAACAGCUUUUCAUCUGGACUGAAUUAUGCGAAGGUGGUAACUUUGCCCACUUUCUGUGGGAAUACGGACGCGUAUUCCCGAGGUUAGAUCAGGCAAGGGUAUGGAAGAUCAUUGUUGAACUAAGUAACGGCCUGAAGUUUAUACACGAUUCUGGAGUAAUACAUCUGGAUCUCAAGCCUGCCAACAUAUUUUUGACUGGUGAAGGACGAUUCAAGAUUGGCGAUUUUGGCAUGGCUUCGCUCUGGCCCCGCCCGCGCCUUACAGCAGACUCUACUUCCGCUAGUGGAAGUUUCGAGCGGGAAGGAGAUAAACUUUACCUCGCGCCCGAAGUCCUGCAAGGAAAAUAUGGUAAAGCAGCUGAUAUGUUCAGCUUUGGCAUGACGAUCCUGGAGACAGCAUCCAACAUUGUGGUCCCUGACCAGGGCGAGGCUUGGCAUCGACUCCGGCAAGAAGACUUUUCUCAAGUCGAUCUCAAGGAUAGCCCAGAGCUGUUACGGCUUGUUCAACAAAUGAUGCGCACGAAUCCUUCGCUUCGGGUCGGGAUUCAUGGGGUAUACAAUCAUCCUAUCGUGGCGCGAGCGCGAAUGGAGAUGGAACGGAUUUACGACACGGCUAAACGCGCAGGGACAAACCUGUUUGCCGCAUCCCCAUUGGCUAGCGUCUCCGAAGAUUUUCUGCCCGUCAUCCUCAACGUUUGAAUCUGCAAACAAAAAAAAACAUUUGGUUAUUGAUUGAGGUGAUUGACCGUGGUGUCUGCCUCGGCUUUUCCCGCUCGAUCUCUGUCUUUUGCGCCACACAUAUCUCGUCUCUUUUGUCACUCUUUCCUUUCUGCUGUUACAUCUUGGAGUCUUUUUACCACGUUAGUCCACUCUU